AUGGAUAUAAAUCAAAAACAAUCGUUUCAGCUAAAACCAAAAACUCGAUUGAUUCAUUUUGUUCAAGGUGUUGCACUAACAUUGUUUACAUUAACAGUUAUUAUAGCUAUUUACUUAACAUAUAUUUAUUGUACAAAAUUGUCUCCAUUUAUCAAUUAUGCGAUUAUAUUUGAUGCCGGUUCAUCGCAUACAAAAAUGUAUGUUUAUAGUUGGCCAGCAGAUAAAUCAAAUGGUUUGGGUACAACAUCAACAGUAAAUGAAUAUUUUGACUGUUCUCUGUCAACAAUUGUAAAAACAUUACCAACGACAUCUACAUCAUCAAUGAAAAAAGCAGAUAUGAAAUUUCGAGCUAUAUCAGAUUUUGAAAAUCAUUUAGAAUAUCUAGAAGAAUAUUUUCAUGUAUGUUUAGAAGGUGCAAAAAUAAAAAUUCCAUCUAAUAGACAUGGACAUUCACCAAUAUUUUUAGGUGCAACAGCUGGUAUGAGAUUAUUAAGUCUAAGAAAUAGAACAAAAGCAGAAAAUGUUUUAGAAAAAAUACGUGAAAUAUUUCAUAAUAAUCCAUUCCAAUUUGUAAUUGCUCGACAAGUACGAAUAUUGACAGGCCUUGAAGAAGCGAUUGAUGGUUGGAUAACAACUAAUUUGUUAUUGGAAAAAUUUAAACAUAAACAUGAACGUCAAAAAUCAUACUUACGUCAUUCAUCCGAUGAUAUUGAUACUGAUAUGGUUGGAGUUCUUGAUUUGGGUGGCGCUUCAACACAAGUAACAUUUACUCAUAAUAAUUUACUAAGUGAACCGAUACCAUUAAAAUAUACCGCUAAUAUUACAUUGUUUGAUAAAGUUUAUUCACCCUAUGCUCAUAGUUAUUUAUGUUGGGGAAAAAAUGAAGUACAUAAACGUUAUCGUGCUCGAUUGAUUAAUGAACAAACAAAAAAUUGGCAAUUUAAACAACAUUAUUCACGUUUAAUUAUAGACGAUUAUUGUUUACCAAAUCAUGCAAAUGAAUCAUUAUCAUGGAAUUAUAUAUUUCGUUCACCAUGUACAAUAAAUGAAAAGAAGCAAUUUAGUACACAAAAUAUUUCUAUGAAUGUAACAACACUUUUAUUUUAUGGUAGAGGUAAUUCAUCAAUGUGUGAAAAAGCCAUAUUAAAUUUAUUGAAUGCAAAAAAAGAUAAUAAAAAUAUUAGUUGUGCGUAUAAUAUUAAUUAUUGUUCAUUUGAUCAUACAUAUCAACCAACAUUACCAGCAAAAAAUAAAUUUAUUGGUUUAUCUGGUUAUUACUAUGUUUUCAAUAAUUUAGCAUAUGGUUUACAUAAUCGUUCAAAUAAAACAUUUGAUCAAUUUAAUUUAAAAAAUUAUCGUUUAUCUGAUAUUAAACAACGUGUUAAUGAUAUAUGUGAAACACCGUACGAGCUCUAUUAUAAACAAGAAGAUAUGUCUCAACAAAAUGAACAACAUAAACGAACAAUGUGUUUUGAUGGUUGGUAUGUUUGGUUAUUAUUAACAAGUGCUCUCGGUUGGAAAGAAGAAGAUUUUAAACGUCUUAGUUUUGUAAAACGUUUUCCAACGGGUGAAGUGGGUUGGACACUAGGCUAUAUGAUUAAUCAAACAAAUUAUAUACCAGCUGAACAUAGAAAUAAAAUAAUACAAAAAAAUGAAUUUGUAUUAUGGUUAUGUUUAAUAUUAACGAUUGCAUUAGCAUCAUUUAUAUUUCUUAUAUUAACGUGUCGAAAAUAUGUCAAAUAUAUUAAAAUUAAACAACAAAAUAAAAGAAGACAGCAACGAUCUAACAGUCAUGAUGGUUAUAUUAUACCAACGGAACAGAAUGAACAUUAA